CCCUUGUUCUCCAGACGGGUGGGCUGCGUUCCCUGCGGGCCGGGGCGGUGAUAGGCUUUGCCUAGCGCGGUGUCCCUGCGCUGUGUGUGUGGCAGCGAGGGGAGGAGGGAAGGGAGCGGGCUGGCUGGGGGAGCGGCUCUGCGCUGCACCAGUGACACUCGGUGCGAACACGCUCCUCACCCAGCAGCCGGGGCGCCGCGCAGCGCCGAGAGCGUCACCCAGCGCUUCGCGUGGCAGCCCCACGCCCAGAGCAUCUGCCGGGCGGCGGCCGAAGGACCGUGCUCGCCCAGCCUCCGCUGCCUCUGCCCGCGCCGCAGCAUCCUCAGCCCCGCACCGCCGGCCGGCCGGCGCUGCCCCUCUCCGCCUCCGGCUGAUGCUGCUCCGGCCGGGGGCUCGCCAGGAGUUGCAAAGACCUGAAAACACCUUGUCGCCGUCUGGUGCGGUCCCGCCCGGGCCACUCGUGCACUUCUGGAAACUUUGUCCGCCCGCCUGCUCCCGCUGCUCUCUCCUGGGGGCUGCGCUUCCCUGUUCCCGGGUUGCUGAAAGGCAAAGCGGAGACUCGCCUUCUCUUGCGGCUAGGAUCCUGGCUGUGCUUGGGGGGAGGGAGGCCAGAAAGCAGGAGGGACGUUCCCCGUGUCCUGUAACCAGCACCUGCGAGCCCGGGGCUUUUACACAUCUCCCCGGAAGGAGCAAGACUUUUAAAGGAUGCUCUUGCUCCAUUGGUUUGUGUUCUUGCUGCUGCUCCCGCUCAACUCCAGGACACAGAAGUUGCCUACCAGAGAUGAGGAACUUUUUCAAAUGCAGAUCCGGGACAAAGCAUUUUUCCAUGAUUCAUCAGUAAUCCCAGAUGGAGCAGAAAUUAGCAGCUUUCUCUUCAGAGAUACACCUAAAAGGUAUUUCUUUGUGGUUGAAGAAGACAACACUCCCUUAGCAGUUACUGUAACACCAUGUGAUGCUCCUUUGGAAUGGAAGCUGAGCCUGCAGGAACUUCCAGAAGAGGCCAGUGGAGAAGGUUCAGGUGAACCAGAACCACUUGAGCAGCAGAAACAACAGAUUAUUAAUGAAGAAGGCACAGAGCUGUUCUCUUACAAAGGCAAUGAUGUUGAAUAUUUUGUCUCUCCUAGUUCCCCAUCUGGUUUGUACCAAUUAGAACUGCUGUCAACUGAGAAGGAUACACAUUUUAAAGUAUAUGCCACUACAACUCCAGAGUCAGACCAGCCUUAUCCCGAAUUACCUUAUGAUCCAAGAGUUGAUGUCACCUCUCUUGGACGCACAACAGUCACAUUGGCAUGGAAACCAAGCCCUACAGCAUCUUUACUGAAACAGCCAAUUCAGUAUUGCAUAGUCAUCAAUAAAGAACACAACUUCAAAAGCCUCUGUGCUGUUGAAGCCAAGCUCAGUUCUGAUGAUGCCUUCAUGAUGGCUCCAAAACCAGGCCUGGAUUUCAGCCUCUUUGACUUUGCCCAUUUUGGCUUCCUUUCAGACAACAAUUCUGGCAAAGAACGUAGCUUCUUAAAAUCAUCAUCAAAGCUUAGUCGCCAAAUGUCUUCGAAGCCAAGAGUUGACCUGCAGAAGAUUUGCAUUGGGAACAAGAACAUUUUCACACUAUCUGAUCUAAAACCUGAUACACAGUACUACUUUGACAUGUUUGCAGUAAAUGUUAACACAAAUAUGAGCACUGCCUAUGUUGGCACCUUUGCCAGAACUAAAGAGGAAGCCAAACAGAAGACAGUUGAACUGAAAGAUGGGAAAGUUACAGAUGUGUUUAUCAAGAGAAAGGGGACCAAAUUUCUACGGUUUGCUCCUGUUUCGUCACACCAAAAAGUCACCUUCUUUGUUCAUUCGUGCCUGGAUGCUGUUCAGAUCCAAAUUAGAAGAGAUGGAAAACUUCUCUUGUCUCAAAACGUUGAGGAGGUCCGUCAGUUCCAACUUAGAGGAAAACCAAAAGCUAAAUAUCUAAUUAGGCUGAAAGGAAGUAAGAAGGGUGCUUCCAUGUUGAAGAUCUUAGCUACUACAAGACCUAAUAAGCAGUCAUUUCCUUCUCUUCCUGAAGACACAAGAAUCAAAGCCUUCGAUAAACUUCGCACAUGUUCUUCAGCCACAGUGGCCUGGCUAGGCACACAAGAAAGAAACAAAUUUUGCAUCUACAAAAAGGAAGUCGGUGACAAUUAUAGUGAAGAGCAAAAGAAAAGAGAACAGAACCAGUGCUUGGGUCCAGAUACAAGGAAGAAAUCAGAAAAAGUCCUCUGUAAAUAUUUUCAUAGCCAGAAUCUACAGAAAGCAGUUACCACAGAGACAAUUAAAGGCCUGCAGCCUGGCAAGUCCUACCUGCUGGAUGUUUAUGUCAUAGGGCAUGGAGGACACUCAGUAAAAUAUCAGAGCAAACUGGUGAAAACAAGGAAGUUCUGUUAGUGACCUUGUGUAUAGAAAUAUAUGGAACUCCAGUCUGAACAUUAUUCUACUUUCAAUAAAGAGAUUGACUACUUUCACAGCUGAGAAGUUGUGACCUGUAUUUGUACUGUGUAGAAAAAUAUCAACUUGUAUAUUUAUGUUUACAUAAGUAAUUGUCUGGAGAGACUAAGCCUGGUGCUUUCUGAUGGCAUCUGGCAGUUGUAUUAUCAUGUGUUCGGUGGUCCACGUUUGAUGCUCAGUAGAUGUCCAAGGUAGCAGGAAACCUUGAAGGAACUUCCAUUCUUUUGCUUCCAUAUUGCAUGAACUGCUUCUAAAUUAUUUUAUUACUGAAAAGGCUGAGACAAGUCAUUCAACUGCCUUGUUAUUCACACACACAACACACACAUACAAAUACUUCUGCUUUACGUAGAUGGUAGGAUUUCUGUAAAUUAUUUUAUAAAGUUUCAUUUUAAAUGUUUAAAUAUGAUUGUAAACUAUUAAAAUCAUGCCCUAUUAAAAUACAGAUUUAAACUAAGUAUUAACUGGGCUGCACAUGAGUGUUUCAUUGCUAAUGUAAAUUCUUAUCUGGUUGAUUUUAAUGUUUAAAUACUGUAUGUAUUUCAUGUACAAAGUUGUCAUACAUUAUAUUCCUGUACAUAAAAUUAAAAAUAUUAGAUUAUA